UUCCUGACGACACCGGAAAUGCCUCCAGGGCGCCUGCGCAGUAUUUCCGCGGCGUGAGACUGUCCCCGGUUCUGAGAAUUCCUUCUUUUCCUUCCUCGCGGUCUGUUUACCUUCUGCGAAUCUACCAGCUUCUGCGUUCGUUCUGCUUCCCGCCGCUGGCUGCGAGCCGCGGCGCGACUCAGUGAGACAUAUAAGAAGAAGCUGAAUGAAUGGGCCAAAAUGAGUCUCUUUGGAACAACUUCAGGUUUUGGAACUGGUGGUACCAGCAUGUUUGGUGGCACAACUACAGAUAAUCACAACCCGAUGAAGGAUAUUGAAGUAACAUCCUCUCCUGAUGAUAGCAUCGGUUGUCUGUCUUUCAGCCCACCAAAUCUGCCUGGAAACUUCCUUAUUGCUGGGUCAUGGGCUAACGAUGUUCGAUGUUGGGAAGUUCAGGAUAGCGGACAAACUAUCCCAAAAGCCCAACAAAUGCACACUGGGCCUGUACUGGAUGUCUGCUGGAGUGAUGAUGGGAGCAAAGUAUUUACAGCAUCUUGUGAUAAGACUGCAAAGAUGUGGGAUCUCAACAGCAAUCAGGCAAUACAGAUUGCACAGCAUGAUGCUCCUGUUAAAACCAUACAUUGGAUCAAAGCACCAAACUACAGCUGUGUGAUGACUGGGAGCUGGGACAAGACAUUGAAGUUUUGGGAUACACGAUCUUCUAAUCCUAUGAUGGUUUUACAACUCCCUGAAAGGUGUUACUGUGCUGACGUGAUAUAUCCUAUGGCUGUGGUAGCAACUGCAGAGAGGGGAUUGAUUGUCUAUCAAUUAGAGAAUCAACCUUCUGAGUUCAGGAGGAUAGAAUCUCCACUGAAACAUCAGCAUCGAUGUGUGGCUAUUUUUAAAGACAAACAGAACAAGCCGACUGGUUUUGCCCUAGGAAGUAUUGAGGGAAGAGUUGCUAUUCACUACAUCAACCCCCCAAAUCCUGCCAAAGAUAACUUUACCUUUAAAUGUCAUCGAUCUAACGGAACCAAUACUUCAGCUCCUCAGGACAUCUAUGCGGUCAAUGGAAUCGCAUUCCAUCCUGUUCAUGGCACCCUUGCAACCGUCGGAUCUGAUGGUAGAUUCAGCUUUUGGGACAAAGAUGCCAGAACAAAACUUAAAACCUCGGAACAGUUAGAUCAGCCUAUAUCUGCCUGCUGCUUUAAUCACAAUGGAAACAUUUUCGCAUAUGCCUCCAGCUAUGACUGGUCAAAGGGACAUGAAUUUUAUAAUCCCCAAAAGAAAAAUUACAUUUUCCUUCGCAAUGCAGCAGAAGAACUAAAACCAAGGAAUAAGAAGUAGUGACUGAACUACUGAGUUGUCCAGAGGUGUUUUCACUCCAUCUACCUAAUUUCCAUGUGAAUUUGGGUUCCAGCUUUUGGUGGGUUGUCUGCCAAGGACAUGGAGUUCAACCCCUGGAGAAAAUGUCAUUGUUCCAGUCAAGAGCCCAGCUGUCCUCUAACUGGUCUCCAUUCCACUGCCUGUCAUAGUCCUUCUAUGGCACUAAGGGGAUAAGAGUGAUUAUAGAAGUUAGAUUCAAGUGGGCAACUGUCAGGUAUUUCAAACUGCUUCAUUCAGCAAUGUAUGUAUUAGAGAAUAUUGGGAAAUAUUCUGUGAACCCUGUACUCUAUUUUGUAAUAAAAUAUUUUGAAGAUUACCUA